CGUCAUCUCCGUUGAUGGAUUCAAGAUGGCCGCGGAGCGCCGCAGCGGAGAACGUUUUAACAAUCUCGACAGGAACGCGUGAUUGGUUUUUUUUUUAUACAGCCGCGACAUACGCGCAACGCCGUCGUCCGUGUGUUCUGGCGUCGACGUUACCGAGGUCGCCCCCCUUUCGCAGACCUGCGACGGCGCUGCGCGAGAAGAGCCGCGAAGAAAUGGCGUCCGGUGAGAUUAGCUGAUUCCCGCGGAGACCUCCGAUGCCAAUGAGGAGGAUGAUUUCUCGAAUUUCCCGGCGUUCUCGCCCUUGACCGAAGUGAAUCAACUGGCGCCGUACUAGAUCAUCAAUAUGACUCCGCCGCUGAAUCGGAAACGUGGCUCAUCUGUCAGCUUUACAAGAGCAAAGGACAAUGGCGAAGACGCCGAAGAUGAGAUUCACAUAUCUCUGGCACCAUAUAUACAGACGUACCUGGCACAUAGUAGUCAGGGCUUGGGAUGCUGCGGUAUUAAUUUGCCCGUGCCGUUCGAACGGGCAGCGCCAAGGUCCUGGUGGAAUCCGAGAUUCGACUCGGAAAUCCUUGAAGAGCAGUACAGGAGAAGUGCCUUUCCUCAAAUUAGAUUAAGAUUUCGGUACGCUCUCACAUAUAUCUUGCUGGUGUCCUUAUCAUGGUUGACAUAUUUUGUGAUAAUCGGAAUAAAGAACGAUACAUCGACAUGGCCUGCGAUAGCAGCCGUUCUCAGUAUCGUUAGCGCCAUGGUGGCGGCGGUGCUCUAUUUAACAUAUACGGAUUACUACAAUUCCUACGUACUAUCGACCUCUCUGGGAGUCGCGUCCACGCUCUGUUUCCUCUCCUUACUCUUCCUUGCCAUGGUGCCGCCUUACGUGGAUGGAUUAACUCUGGUCGGACACUUCGCCCUGUGCUCAGAGAUCUUAUUAGUUAUUUAUACGGUGCUGCCGAUGCCGCUCUAUGUUUGCGUGGCGAUAUCUACGGUUUACUCAUUCAUGUUUGAGUUAUUGACUGCCUAUCUGUAUGGCUCGAAAGACGCGAGAGAAAGAUUCUACAGUGGACGAGUUGUACAGAGUAACUCCUUAGAAACGAACGCGAUGGCAGGGCGCGAGGAAACGAUGGUACCUAUGCACUCGUCUCAAAAGGAUUCUCUAACUAUUGCUGGUCUACAGAAUGUGAUACGUAAUAUUAGUGAUUUUACUACAGUUAGCACAGAGACAAUAUCGACGCUGCGCGAAGCGAGAAGCACGAUGGGCAUGGGACCGAGAUCCGCGGAGCAGGGAACACUGGCUCAACAAUUAUAUGGGCUUUUAGGCGACUCAAAUAUCUUGACGAGAUUGAAUUCCAGCAUCUCAUCGACAAUUACAACGGUUAAUUCCACCAUAAACACGUCACCUGAAAAUGUUAUCAGCGGUACCGUCGGCUCGGUUAACUACAUUAGCGAUAACUUAUUCUCCGAUGAUAUUGAUUUCUCGUCGAAUCUCACCAUACGGAUUCUGAUGCAAAUCUGUAUUCAUUUGAUAGGCGUACAUAUCUUGAUAAUGACUUUCGUGAGAAUGCGUGGUACCUUUAUGAAGGUCGGCCAGUCUCUGCUGGUCCGUCGGCAGUUGGAAAUGGAGAAGCAGCUGAAGGAAAAGAUGAUACACUCUGUGAUGCCGCCAAAAGUCGCGGACUGGCUGAUGGAAGAGAGCGAGCGUGAGAGAGAGCGGGAGGACUCUUUGAAGAAGGGCUCGAUACCGUCCAAUAAUACGGACAUCCGCUCGUUAUUUCGCCCGUUCAACAUGCACUCGAUGGAGGAUGUUAGUAUCUUGUUCGCCGAUAUCGUCGGUUUCACCAGGAUGAGCUCGAACAAGACCGCGGAGGAACUGGUGGGCAUCCUGAAUGAUCUCUUCGAACGUUUCGAUGAUCUGUGCGAGCAUCACGGAUGUGAGAAGAUAUCUACAUUGGGCGACUGCUACUAUUGCGUGAGCGGAUGUCCCGAGCCGAGGUCUGAUCACGCAAAGUGCUGCAUAGAAAUGGGUCUAGCUAUGAUCGAAGCGAUCAAACAAUUUGACAUCGAAAGAAGGGAAGGUGUGAACAUGAGAGUAGGUGUGCACACGGGCACCGUGCUCUGCGGGAUCGUGGGUACGAAAAGAUUCAAGUUCGAUGUCUGGUCGAACGAUGUGACAUUGGCGAAUAAACUCGAGAGCACGGGGAAACCCGGUCGUGUACACUUGAGUGAGAAUACCCUGAGAUUUCUGGACGACCAGUACAUCAUGGAGGAGGGAGAACUAGUCAAUGGCGUUAAAACUUAUUUCAUCCGAGCCCGCAAGUCGGACUUCAUGAAUCAAUUUAUCACGAACGUUACGUCACCGAAAAGUAUCUCACCGUUGAUGCAGUCACGUAGCCGUCUGGCGUCGUGCAACACUCAGGUUAAGCCACGCCAUCAUUACCUCCACAUGGUCACCAACACGACCAAUUACCGGAUGAAAGCCAAUUCCUUGCCGAGUAUCUUGGAUUCCGAGAAUGGCGGUGAUACUAUAGACGAGAAAGAGGAUUCGAACAAGAGCCCGACGUCCACCGCUAGUUACGGCAAGAAGAAAGUACGAAACAAACCGUGGAAGUACUUGCAGAGGCAACGGACAACCGAGGAGAUGACACCGCUGGAGAUAGAGGAGGGGAGAAACAUCGCCAUGGGACGAGCGAAACCUGAAGUCCAGGCGUAUGAGGAGUGCAAUGGGUUUAGACGAAUUCCUCUUACCAAUGGCGUCGAGAUGGAUCCGAAUCCUGUACCUUCUAGUCCUUUAUUAUCUGGUCAGGAACCGAUUAGUCACGCUUCUUCCAUAUGCAGCAGGAAGGAUUCCGGCAUCAAGAGCAACAGCAGGCGAAGUAGUAUACAACAGCAGUUAUUCCUAAUGAACGGCAUGGCCCAAGGCGAUCUUUUAGGACACAGGGUCAGUGGCUAUUAUACUUCUAGUUCGACGUUAAAUUCCACUCACGAGCCUUCGUCGUCGAUACCUCCUUACCCGUUUCCACCGAUAGUGACUGAUACAUUCGGCGCAUGCUUUCAUAAACUGCGAAAGCAAUCCGAUCUCCAAUUGAUUAGAUGUGUCCAAGACAACGUGAGCUCUCAACGUUCGUACUUCGUUAAGCCACCGCUGUCCAACGUUACUCUCUUUUUCAAGAACAAGGAGAUGGAGAAGGAGUACCGAGAGAAUGCGCACAAAGCUAGCGAAGGUAUUGGCGGCAAUCCGCCCACCCUGGCUACUUCGAGGUUCAACACGUAUUUUGAUAUUCUGAUAUCCGCUCUGGUCUACACAGCCAUCACGAUCUCGCUUUUCCUGCUCUGCAAGCCGACGAUUCACUACACGGUGUUCUCGGUGAUCGCCAUCGCCGUUCAGAUAAUAGCGGUAUCGCUCUGUAUCAGACAACUUCUCUAUCCGAACACCACUCACGCCACGCUCACGCAGAAGAUCUUCAAGUUCUUCUCCCGUUGGUACCCGUGGCAUGUGUGCGGCGCGGUCCUGGUCGGUCUACCGAUCAUCUCCAUCUUGCUCAACUUCACAUGCAACAGUUUCAAGAGUCUCAGCAACUUUGAGUACUACUACAGCUACCUCAUCUUUGUCGGGUUGGUUCACUUCUGCAAUUUUACGCAGCUCAAUUGUUGGAUGAAGAAUCUACUGGUCACGCUUACCGGCGUAUUAUUCAUAUGUCUCGUGGUAAGUCACAUAUCGUACCAUCAGGGGAAUCUCGGCAGCAACGGUAGUAACAGCUCAUUGGCGCAGCUGAGCGCGCUGCAUCCAAAUCUCUUGAAAUCGCUUGCGAGCGAACAGAACAGUCCGAACGGUGGCAUAUUUUCGAACACCAUGAAAGAUUCCCUCGACAGCACGGUCUCCACGAGAACUCCUUCGUCGACUGCGAAGGAACGUAGUCAGCGUGAGAAAUUGCUCGCGACUUCAGGGGACUUCGCGUACACCCGAUACAACGAAAGAUUGUACAACUCCGAGAUAUAUCUGGACAUGAUGCUGCUGCUGUUCCUGGUCUGGUUUCUGAAUCGUGAGUUUGAGAUCAGCUACCGGCUGUGUUUUCACGGCAACGCGGUCGCGGCGCGCGACAAGACGCGCGUGCAGUCGAUGAAGAACCAGGCCGACUGGUUGCUGCACAACAUCAUUCCCAAGUACGUGGCCGACCAGCUGAAGACCACCGCCAAGUACUCACAGAACCACAAAUCCGUGGGCAUUAUCUUCGCCAGCAUCGUCAACUUCAACGAGCUGUACGACGAGUCGUAUCUGGGCGGUAAGGAGUACCUGCGUGUGCUCAACGAGCUCAUAGGCGACUUCGACGAGUUGCUGGAGAAAUCGGAAUUCGCGAAUGUCGAGAAGAUCAAGACUAUCGGCAGCACCUUCAUGGCGGCGAGCGGCCUGAAUCCGCAGGUGAGGGAACAGAGCGAGCACGAGUAUACGCACCUGUUUCAGCUGCUGGACUUUGCCGUGGCGAUGCACAAGGUGAUCUAUGAUUUCAAUCGGGACCUGCUGGGUUUCAAACUGAUCCUACGAGUGGGCUACAAUUACGGUGACGUCACGGCCGGCGUGAUCGGCGCCACGAAGCUGUAUUACGAUAUCUGGGGCGACGCGGUCAACAUAGCUUCGCGGAUGGACUCCACCGGGGUUGCCGGCAGGAUACAGAUAGCCAGUAAUUGCCUGGAUGUCCUGUCGGAGCGCUACGAAUUCGAGCCGCGCGGACAGGUGUACGUGAAGGGGAAGGAUAACAUGGAUGUUUUCCUGUUGACGGGUAAGAAGGAGAAUGCUAGUACGAACGCCAGCACCUGAAGACUCAGCGUACGUGCCAAUUGAUGAGUACACGUGUCAAAGAUCUGACACCGCUGCGCAGCGCGCGCGCGCGCGAUCGUAGCACUUAGAUUAUUAUCGAGUCGACUCGUGCCGCAACACGAACUGAUGUUGAAGGGAAGCGUGCGUGUGAAACCGGUGAGUCAGAGGGGUGCUGUGUGUUUCUUGCGGGUCAGUAGAAUCGUCGUAGGCGCUACCGGAAAAAGCGUACUCGCCUUAUUCGUUGACUGCUCAAAUUCUGCUAAAACGAGAGAUAUUUAUUGACGAGAGAUGUUUAUUGUAUUUUUGUAAAUACGUCGCGAAUGAUUUUCGACGAGAGGGAACAACGUGACGGAGUCACGUUUUGCUCGGUACGAACGACCCUGCUCGGAGAUGGGAGGAGCUCGCAUGAUAACUUUGGGGAAGGGUAGUUAUCGCGCGGCGGAUUCUAUUGUUGAUAUUCUAAGGGCGAGAGAUGAGAGCAUCGCGCGUGAUAAAAGUCAACGAAACUCGAAUACCCCGCGUUAUUAUAUGUGUUAAAUAAAUCUUAGAGAGUAUAUAAUAUAAAAAGUGGAUUUUACACGGUCUCGUCUUCCUGUCUGAUAUUGCGACACGUUGUAUUAAAUACGUAGAACCGAGGUAAAACGACGAAGCGUGUCGCGAUGAAGAUUUUUAAUCUUACGAACGAAAGCGAGUAAUAUGUGAAAUUAUAAAUACGGAACUGACGAUGAAAUGAAGCUAACGUAGAUACGAAAUUAUACAGCGUACGUGCGUCACAAAGUGUUUAGAAACGACGAAUGAUAAUUUUACCAAAGAACAAUAAGCUUAACGAUUCAGGCCACGAACGUGUGAGAAAUGUGUACAUAGAUUAUGUGUACAUAGAUGCAGAUUAUGCUUAGGAUUUGUCGUUGUAUGAACGACGCACGUGGAUGAGAAUAAUUGCGUAUACAUACAUAUAUACAUGGGAAACAAUCGCGUACAUACACAUUCCAAGAGCAGCUCGCGACGAGCAGACGACACGCUCAUCGCGGAAUACACUCUCGAAUCGGCGUUGCCGUUGAUUAACGUCCGCAAAGUGCCGCUAAGUUCGUCGUCGUUAAAUUAAGCAUCUCCGUUAUCCGGACAAACCUGCUAUGUCGGAUUCCAAAGAGUAUCUUACUGCAUUUUCUCCUUUCUUUCGUUUUUUAACUUAACGAUAAGCGAUAACUAUGCGCGCGCGCGUGCCGAUGGGAUUCAUACGCUGAUAGGCGAUAGUAUUUAUAUGUUGUAUGUAUUAUAUAGUGAUUUCGAGGAUUUAUUCGAAGGACUACACAAAGGGAGUUAUAUAUGCUUUGCGGUUAUAUACGCGAUAUAUCGGUGCAAUAAAUCGGGGUAUGGAUUCUAUACGACGACGUUGUUGUACGCCUUGCGUCGACGCAUCUGCGCGAUGGACAAGCUCUGAGAUCGUGGUUGUAAUUUUAAAUAGCGUUAAUUCAACGAAAUACCGUUAGGCUUGAAAGUAAAUAAUGUCACGUACAAUAAAGAAACGAGCGCGGUCGGGCAUCUCGCGGUGUGUCCCGAGCGCUGUAGAUACGCUGAAAUAUAUUUAUGGCUUUUGUUGUUGAAGCGAAUAUAUAUUUCUGGAGAACGAGGGAGAAUAUAUAUGGAGUGCGAUGGUGCACAGAAAAGUUUCUUAAGUGUAUUACUUCGACACUUCGUCACGUUAUGAAAUUAUACAUGAAAUAUCUCUACGAAGAUCACGGGUCAAUUAUGAGUUUUUGCGUUAGAGAGUAACAAGGCAACGCAAUUCGCACCAAGGAAAUGCUCUCGCAAACAUAAAUACGACGAUCUGUGUACAAUUAUAUAUUACAGAUUAUAUAUUCGCCGAUUAUAUAUAUAUAUAUAUAUAUAUAUUAU